UUGGAGCCUGGGUGCAGCAGAAGUCAGCGGGGCAGUGAGAGAAAGCGUAAUCUUCAUACAUGUUCAAGAACAGCAGGUUUCCAUCUCAGCUGUGGCUCUUCUUGUCUCUCAAUUAUCAGCAAAGGAGUGAAUCUGGCACAUGGAAAGAGGGGGGUGAAAGGACAGAAGAACAUUCCAUGUUCUGCACCACUGGCAGCUUCUCUGGACAUAUGAGGGAGCUGGACGCGUACUCACUCUCUGACAUCCACUGGUACUGACAAUCCGUCUGCAUAAUGGAGAGGAGCCUGAAGAAUGUUCUGGUGGUUUCUUGUGGAUUCCUCCUGCUCUUCACUGCCUACGGGGGCCUGCAGAAUCUGCAGAGCAGCCUCUACAGUGAGCAGGGCCUGGGGGUGGCGACACUCAGCACACUCUAUGCCUCUGUGCUGCUGUCCUCCAUGUUCCUCCCGCCUAUCCUCAUCAAGAAGUGUGGCUGCAAGUGGACCAUCGUGGGCUCCAUGUGCUGCUAUGUGGUCUUCUCCCUGGGCAACUUCCAUGCCAACUGGUACACCCUGAUCCCUACCUCCAUCUUGCUGGGCCUGGGUGCAGCCCCUCUGUGGUCGGCUCAGGGUACCUACCUCACAACCAUGGGAAAUCUGCAAGCGGAAAAGGCGGGGAAGCUUGGCAAAGAUGUGGUGAACCAGUAUUUCGGCAUCUUUUUCCUGGUAUUCCAAUCUUCUGGAGUGUGGGGCAACCUGAUUUCCUCGCUGGUGUUCGGCAAGAUGUCCACGCAAGAGGCCAUCCCAGAGGAACAGCUCAUGUCUUGUGGAGCCAAAGACUGCCUGAUGGGUCCAGCGGCCACCAACAGCACUCAUCACCCCUCCCAGCAGCUGAUCUACACACUGCUGGGCAUCUACACUGGCUGUGGUGUCCUGGCCAUCCUGCUGGUAGCUGUGUUUCUUGAGUCCUUGGAAGACAAGCUUGAGAAUGAAAGAGAGAGGAAGCCCAGACCACCACCUCUCUGGUCCACAUUACUGUCAACCUUCAUGCUGUUUAGAGACAAGCGUUUGUGUCUCCUGAUGUUCCUGCCACUGUACAGUGGGUUUCAACAAGGGUUCCUCUCUGGAGAGUACACAAAGUCUUAUGUGACCUGUGCCCUGGGCAUCCACUUUGUGGGCUACGUGAUGAUCUGCUUCGCAGCUAUGACUGCACUGUGCUCCCUGCUGUAUGGGAAGAUCUCCAAGUACACGGGCAGGGCGGCGCUCUAUGCGCUGGGAGCAGCCAUUCACUUCUCUUGCAUUGUGGUCUUCCUGCUGUGGCACCCAAACCCCAACCAACUGCCUGUCUUCUUCGUCCUCUCUGGCCUGUGGGGAAUGUCUGACGCUGUCUGGCAGACACAGAACAAUGCUCUUUUCGGUGUCCUGUUUGACGAGAACAAAGAACCCGCUUUUGCCAGCUACCGCCUUGGGGAAGCCAUAGGGUUUGUCAUUGCCUUUGGCUACAGCUCAUUUCUGUGUGUGAGUACCAAGCUCUACAUCCUUUUGGGUGUCUUGAGUCUGGCCGUGGUUGGUUACGGGACAGUUGAGUACCUGGAAGCCAAGGCUGCUUCCAAGGUCCUUGGUGCAGAAACGAAAAACCAGACAGAAGAGGAAGAAAUGAAAACAAAAAUGUAAAUGUGGACAAGUGAUGGCUGAGAACCCAGCCUUGGUCAGCAGAGGCGGUCCACGUAGCAGCGCUCAGGACAUAGACUCGACUCUCCACAACUGUUUCGUCAAUAUGUGGACAUUCUAAAGAUCAUCUAUAGUUUUUUUUUUUUUUUCUGUAUUUUCCGCAAUUUAACAAAUUUCUAGUCUAGUUUUCUACUCAUGGAGAUCAAAAGGAUAUGCAAAGGGCUGGCAUUAUAGUCCAGUGCUAGUGUGCAUCCUUAGCAAACACAAGGCCACACGAUCAGCCCACAACACUACCAAAAGGAAGCCGUAGCUAGGUGCUGGGGUGGAGGAAGUGGCUCCGUCAGGAAAGCACUUUCUAGGCUGAGCACGAGGACCCCAGUUUGAACCCUCAACCCAUGUUUUUUUUUGUUUGUUUGUUUCUUUUGUUUUUUUGUUUUUUGUUUUUUUAAAUCAGGGAAAGGUAAUGUGCACAUAUAAUUCCUGUACUGGGGAGGCAGAGGCAGAAAGAUCCGUGGAACCAUUGACUAAGUAGCCAGGAGAGCCAGGACCAUGAGCUCCCGGUUCAGUCCUGAGAUCUUGGUCCCAAGAACUAAGGUUAGUAGCAACCAAGGACACAUAAUGUCUACCUCCUACCCAGACACACAGACACACACACACACACACACACACACACACACACAG